CCGGUUAUUAGCCCCAUAUAAGCGGAUAAGCCCUACCGGAAAGGAUAUAUCUACGUAAACAAAAGGAAAAGGUUUCCGGUCCGGAAGCCAACCUGUCAACGGCAAGUGGAGGAAGCUCUCCCUUUUGGUCUGGACACGAAACGAGUCCAUAAAAAGCUAGCUCCGCGUCCCGGCGUUCUUCUUCUGGCCGGCGGAACAUGAUCUAGGGUUUCAUCCUUGCUGGGCCGAGGCGAGACGCAUUCCGAUCCACUAUAGCCUCCGCCGAGCCGAUCCGACUUGUUUCCUGGACCUCCUCGUCCCCUUCCUCCGCUGAAAGUUUAGCUAUUAUUCUCAGCAAGCUAGCAGCAUGGGUGAUCCAAACAGCAAUGACUCCUCCAUGGUGCAUGGCACUGCCACUGAGACGGUGUUUGAAGGCUAUGAGAUUUUCCUUGGUGGCAAUGAGAUGGUUACUGGUUGUGAAGCGAUUAUCAGUGAUAAGAUGGGUCAUGCCGCUGAAACGGUCCUUGAUUACAAGAUGGUCGACAUCCAUGAUAACAAGAUGGUUCACAGAAACGAGAUUGUCCCUAGUGGUAGCAAGAUAGAUCGUAAUGGCCAAACAGUCCUUCGUCGUUGCAGUCAGAUAGUUCGAGGUAAUGAGAUAGGUAACGACAAUGUUACCACUGAGGUGAAACCACCAACCUCAUCGAAACGCAAAAGAAAGACAUCCAUGGUCUGGGAGCAUUUCACUACGGAAGAUUCUGAGGGAUGCACACGAGCCUGCUGCAACCAUUGUAAGAGGAUAUUUGCAUACAGUUCUGGAUUAAAGAUGUCUGGCACUAGUCAUCUGAAGAGGCACAUUACCCAGGGUCAUUGCCCUGAGAUUGAAGUUCAAAAGCCUACAGCAGGAGGGAGAGAGAAUGAUUGUCAGGGUACUGUACAGAAACCUUCUAUGAGGUGCCGCAGCACAUGUACUGGUUACGCAAAUGCUCCAUUCAAUCCAGACCGUUGUCAAUCAUACCUAGCGAAGAUGAUUAUUCUGCAUGGCUAUCCUCUGCAAAUUGUUCAACAAGCAGCCUUCAUAUCCUUUGUUGAGAGCCUGCAGCCUAGUUUCAAGGUGAUUAAUAAAGAUGCAGUCGAGGCAGAGGUCUAUGCAGUUUAUCUGAAGGAAAGAAAGAGCUUGCUGAAGCAAGUUGAAAAUAUUCCUGGAAGGAUAAAUCUCACAGUGCAGACUUGGACCACUAGCCAAACUCUUGGAUAUGUUUCACUUGCAGGGCAAUUCAUUGACUCUGAAUGGAAGCUGCACCGAAGAAUGCUCAACUUCAUGAUGGUCCCUUGGUCUUGUUCAGAGGAUGAUGCAGUUACUGAAGCCAUCAGCAGAAGCCUUCAUCAGUGGAACAUGUCAGACAAACUCUUCACCAUUACUAGAGAUUAUGAGUCCUCCUCGCAUGACAUCUACAGUUUGAAUUUGAGAGAGGAACUCUCCAAAAAUAAUAUUACAAUGCUUGGGGGGCAAUUUUCGGUCGUGAGGUGCUAUGCCCAUAUGCUGACUGCAGUCGCAAUUGAUGUCACUGCUUUGGUCCAAAGUGUUAUCUACAAAAUCCGUGAAAGUAUCAAGUUCAUAAAAUGUCGCAUUGGCCAUGAGGAGAUGUUCGCUGAUAUCAUUUUGCAACUGCAAAUUCCUAGUAACCAGAUUCUAUGUCUAGACAUUAAAACCCAGUGGAACACAACCUAUCUCAUGCUGCAGGCAGCUCUGGACUAUAAGGAGGCGUUCACCAUGCUGGAGAAAUGCGAUGGUAACUACAGCCAAGCACCUUCGGCAGUGGACUGGGAGAAAGUCGAGGUUGCUUGCAGGUAUCUGAAGCUGUUGUAUGACUCUGCAAACAACAUUAUGGCAGUGGAAAAUCCAACUGCCAACAUAUUUUUCCAUGAUGCCUGGACAAUUCAGAGAGAGAUUUCAAAUGCCACAGAUCAUCAAGAUCCUAAUUCUGUUUCCAGCAGCAUCGCAAAAGGCGUGCAUGAGACGUUUGGCAAGUACUGGAAAGAUUGCAAUGUUGUGCUAGCCAUUGCUGUUGUGAUGGAUCCCCGUUUCAAGAUGAAGAUUGUUGAGUUCAGUUACUCCAAAAUCUACGGUCCGACGAAGGGCGCUAAGUAUGUCAAGUUGGUGGAUGGUGUUGUACAUGAGCUUUACAAAGAGUAUGUUACACAGACACUUCCGUUGAUGCCAAACCAUGUUGGGGAUAAGAACAUUCCAAGAGAUCCUACUUCCAUUGGCAAUCUACAAUCAGGCUUCGAGGUCUCCAUUGUCAAGUCGGAGCUAGAUCAGUACUUGGAAGAAGCCCUGGUUCCACGCAUCUUGGAGUUUGACAUUCUGAACUGGUGGAAGCUUAAUGCCGUCAGGUACCCAACACUCUCGAGGAUGGCCCGAGAUGUUCUUGCUAUACCGGUGUCCACCGUUGGUCGCGGCAGCUCUGUGUUCGCAGCUGGGACUGAAGCCAAGAUGCUUGACGACUACCAGAGCUCACUGCACCCUGAAACCUUGGAGGCACUGUUCUGCGCGAAAGACUGGCUACGGCAUUCAUCUCCUGCUCCAUAGCCACAGUUUUGUGUCAGUGAAGAAGUGAAAACUUGUCCAUUCCAUCUCUAGCGUACAUAACAAACGGAUCACACCAUUCAGGGAUGCUACUGCUUGUGAAGUAUGCUCGUCCCGUCACAGCCAGCCCAGCCCAGUAGUUGUUUAUGUCUGUUAAUCAGGAUCACCAGAUAAUUUUGUUCCUAGUAUUUAAUAGGCAAAUGAUUCAGUUCUUUUGUUGGCUGAACAGACAGCCAUGUCUUAGGGAUUUGUCAUCUGAACCUCCAAAUCGUGUUAGAUGUUCCUCUGUUAAUUAUGAAUAGCUUAACUUUGUACCACUAAAUAGAAGUCGUCGAGUCCAAUAGGACAUGAAGCAAAAUAAUACAGAUCAGUUCACCCCCUGUUUGUUUGUUUGUUUGUUUGUUUUGUUAUUCAUUGAAGUCAAAUCCA